GACAUAGAUGAGUGUCAGUGUAUAGUCCAGAGUGUAAGUAAUAGUAAUUUAUCAUUACUAUUAUUAAGUCUCUUGAGUGGAGUGCUUUGAUAUCUUGGAUUAUUGCCUGCCUGUCAAACAACCUUUUGUUUAAAAUGUUUAAUAUUUAAAUGUGUUUUUGUUUUUGCAAGAUUCAGAAGAACUUGUGCAAUACAACCACUUUUUCCUUAGUGACAUCCUGUAAAACUUCAGUUUAAAUGUAUAAGUGUUGAACUUUUGAGUGUCUUUUUCCAAACACACUGAUGAUGUUUUCUCAUGCUUUGAAGAUGAAUUAAACUUUGUUUAAAAGAGUUUAUAAGCAGAAGAUGAGCAUCUACCUUGGCUUUGGUGACCUCAGUGUCCAUUGGGUGUUUGGAUUUGAAGAUCUUCUGGACUUCCUGCUCAGGACUGCAAACAAACAAGAACAUUUGUUUCCAAGCUUUUAUGCUUCAUGUAUGUCAACAAGUCAUGUUUGUGUUAAAGAAGAUACAACUGGUGGUUUGGAUCAGACAUCGAAAGGAACCAAACCCAACAAAGAAGAAAAGGCUGUUAAAUGUACCCUCAAUUUUGGACUAUAAUACUUUUAUCCUACGCUUUGAAAAUACUUGCCAACCCUCCUGGAUUUUCCGGGAGACUCCCGAAAUUCAGCGCCUCUCCCGAAAACCUCCCGGGACAAAUUUUCUCCCGAAAAUCUCCCGAAAUUCAGGCGGAGCUGGAGGCCUCGCCCCCUCCAGCUCCAUGCGGACCUGAGUGAGGACAGCCUGUUUUCACAUCCGCUAUCCCACAAUACAAACAGCGUGUCUGCCCAAUGACGUCAUAACUGCAGAAUGAUUGAGGUCGAGUUCUUGGUUUCUUACGUGGGUUUAUUGUUAGGCAGUUUCAUUAACGUCCUCCCAGCGCGGUAACAACACACAACAACAGCAGUCACGUUUUCGUGUACCGUAAAGCAGUUCGGCUGCCGUAAACAGCAAUGUUGUGACACUCUUAAACAGGACAAUACUGCCAUCUACUGUACAAGCGUGUGACGCUUGUGUGGCCACAGUGUGCACAUCUGAUAUUGCUCACAUGUGCUCCCCUGAAUGCUCAAACAUGAAAAAUUAGAGGGAACAUUGGUUUCCAUAAACCUGGUAAACCGAUUGUCGCCACCUUCUCUUCUCAGUCCAUAACAAGAUGAGCAACAAUUUAAGAGCGCAGUGCCAAUUAUACCUCGUUGUUCUGCUCUUGUUGUGAAAGUCUACUGCUGAUGUUUCACUGACUGGUUUCACUUUUGACAAAUCACAGCCUCAUAGACACCUGUAAAUAUCAGUUCGGUAGCAGUUCAUGAAAAAAACAUGGACUUGUAUUCAAAUAGAUUUUUGUGAAUGCUGAUCAUCAAGAAUGACUCAACAUGUCUUAGUUUAUUUCAUGACUUCCCUCAUUUUAGUUUCUGCACAGGAUGUGAAAUAUUUCCUGAAGGGUCAGGACAUACACUUCAUGCCAUCCAUCUCUGAACAACCUAUUAGAUUAAUCUGGCUACAUAAUGAAAAUUAUGUGGUGUUUUUUUCUGGCAUGGAGGACAUUGUGAAGUCUUCAUACAAGAACAGAAUCACUCUGGACCGGGUCUCUGCAGAACUCACCAUCAAAAACGCCACAUAUGAAGACAGUGGAGACUAUUUCCUAGAAAUGAACAUAAACAACAAGCCUGAUACUUUCCAGCGUACAAUUGAAGUUAUAGACAAAGUAUCCAAACCCAACAUAUCCUGUGAGAUGAGCGACACAAAGCAGGCGACACUUGUGUGCUCAACAGAGUCCAAACAUCCUCAUUUAUUAAAGUUGAAGUGGAGCUCACCAGGAAAGGAGCAGACUGGACCAAAUUUAACAAUAACUGUCAGGAAUGAAGAUGAUGAUCAAGUUUAUCGUUGUGAUGUCAGCAACCCUCUGACCAAUGAAACGGCUUCAUUCACCGCUAAGGACUGCUUCCCGGUUUCUGCACAGGAUGUGAAAUAUUUCCUGAAGGGUCAGGACAUACACUUCAUGCCAUCCAUCUCUGAACAACCCAUUGGAAUUCACUGGCUACAUAAUGAAAAUGAUGUGGUAUUUUCUACUGGCACGGAGAAGUAUGUGCCUUCUCCAUACAAGAACAGAAUCACUCUGGACCGGGUCUCUGCAGAACUCACCAUCAAAAACGCCACAUAUGAAGACAGUGGAGACUAUCUCCUAGAAAUGAACAUAAACAGCGAGCAGGAUACUUUCCAGUAUAGAAUUGAAGUUAUAGACAAAGUAUCCAAACCCAACAUAUCCUGUGAGAUGAGCGACACAAAGCAGGCGACACUUGUGUGCUCAACAGAGUCCAAACAUCCUCAUUUAUUAAAGUUGAAGUGGAGCUCACCAGGAAAGGAGCAGACUGGACCAAAUUUAACAAUAACUGUCAGGAAUGAAGAUGAUGAUCAAGUUUAUCGUUGUGAUGUCAGCAACCCUCUGACCAAUGAAACGGCUUCAUUCACCGCUAAGGACUGCUUCCUGGGUAAAAGAUCAGAUGUUCAUCUGAUUAUCAUAUUAGUCUGUAUCUUCAUUCUGGUCAUCUUGUGUUGUGUUUUAUACAUAACACGUCAAUAUCUAAAAGUGUCCAAAGAGCGUGAUGAAAAGACAUCCUUCUUAGACCAAGUACUCACUCUUCCCUCCAACUCAGGACUGAAUGUGUUGACUGAGGAUGAGAAGAUGGAUUCAGAAGGAGCCAUGCGACUCACUGCUUCUGUUCAUGCACUUCAUUCCUCUUCAACACACUUAAACACUAUCACUGAACUUUCAGAUACCAGCAAUGAUCAGCAAGAUCAUCAGAAAAAUUCGGAGGAAAAUGUGAAAACAGAUGACUUCCUGAGUGGAGCGACACUCAGUGAUUGGGGAGGAAUUAGUAGGCAAAGCAACAGUUGGUCAGGAAUCAGUCCUACAUAUGACAGAAAUGUACAUCUCAAAAAGAAGGAAGAUUUCAGAGAGAAAACGAAGACAAUUUCUUUGACCAAAAUAACUAAUAAUUGUAGAAAGGAGUUAAGGAAGCUAUUCAUGUUAAAAGGCCAUUUUGAAACAAAAAAAGGAGGUUGUAGCAACAUGAGCUGACAAAUUCACCAACAACUGAAUCAUUUAUUUUUUCCCAAGAUGUCGCUGCUGUAGUGGCUGCUGGUGGCAGGAGCUCUGUGCUCUUGUGUCAUCCUUCUGUGUUCCUGGUGUUUCCUUCUUGUUUUCAUGUGGGUUUUGUUUUUCGUUUUGGUUCGGGACCCUUUGGGACUGUCUGACAAGGGGUGGCACUUUUGAGACUUCUGUGGGGCUUUUUGUGGACUUCUGGAUCUGCCCCCCCCGGGAGCCUUUUGGCCAUGGAGACCAGCUGCUGGGUCUCUGCCACACCAGAGUCCGUUUGGAGAGACUGGAGGAGACGCGGAUGAAGAGACAGAGCUGCGGAGCUGGUGCUGAGCGCCGGGACGGACGGGCUUCACAGUGUCUUGGCUGAAUGAGCAGGUAUCGGACACCUCGGUCUCCUUGGACGCAUCCUCACUCAUCCAUGCAGACUGGACACUGGCCGAGAGUUAGUGAGCGGCCGAGUGGCUCUCUUGGUUGCUUUGUUGGGUCUGCUCCUGUCUCUGGCCAUGCUCCCCCCCACCCCAGCAGAGGCCACCACACUGUAUAUGUUGUUUUUUUAAUUUUAUAUUAAUUUUUUUGUAGCUGUAUAUAGAAAUGGCUGGUUGCAUCAGUUUUGAUCUUUUAAUGUCCUUUGUGUUCUUUGAUGUUUCCCUCUUAGACACAUGCUUAUGUGUGCUUUAGCUAUGAUUUUUUUCCAUUGGCCUUAGUCUGGACCCCCUCUCCAGGGGCCCAGGCUUAGACUGAAUAGUCUACUUGGACGUUGGAGUCUGCAAUAAAGCUUGAUUGAUUAGUUUUCAAAUAAAUAGAUAUGAAACUGUACAUAUAUGAUGUAAAUAUUGUGUAUAUAAUUUAUAUCACUAUAGUCUAUUUAUACCUGCAUUGUCCUUUCCAUCCUUACACUUUCCAUCAUUGUAACUGAGCUACUGUGUGGAACAAUUUCCCUUGUGGAUCAUUAAAGUUUGUCUAAGUCUACGAUCAAAAAAGUAUGAAGGUUCUUGGAAAGCCAAAUGUUGUUUUUAAAGAUUGAGAACCACUGGUUAAGACGAUACAUAUUUCAGUAAUUGUAUAGAACAGACGGACCUGGCCUUGAGGAGGAGACUGUUUUAUUUUCAAACAGUUGAAAAAAAAUACCUCCUAAGGCAGUGAGGAGCAUUUAAGGAGCGAGUGAAGGCGGUGAAAAUAGAAAUAUUUAGUGUGUGCAUUCAGGUAGAAGUAGUGAGGCACUGUGCUGCUAGUGUUUCAGUGAGACAAAGGCACCAGAGUGAGCUACAGUACAAAGUGUGUGUAGAAGAAGAGUGUAAAGGCGGCACCAUGGCAAAGGUCUCCGGCGUGAUGUCAUA